AAUCAAUAAAGAUACACCGCGAAACAGCGAAUCAUAAACUGUUUUCCUCCUUCUCCAGCCCUUCUUGACCCUUCUCUAGCUUCUUUCCUGUAUUAUAUAUAACCGCUACCCCUCCAUGCUUUUGUUGCAUUUUAACAGUAAGAGCGCAAAAGAAGAAGAAAAUGAAUCGUUUUGUAGUAAGGUCGGUGAUGCGGGGCCUGAUCAAUGGCCGAAGCUAUUGCAGUUGCAGCAGCAUCGGCAACGGGCAAGUCUACAGGUCCGCUAUAGUUGGAAGAAGCUUGGAGUUGAGCGGACAACGUAACGGUGUGGCGUUUGGAGGAUUUGAAUGGAGGAGGAUGAUGAGCUCUUCUCCUGCUUCUGUGGAAAAAGCGACAUCUGAGAAGGAAGACAAAACGGAGAACUCGGUGAUGGAAGAGACGAAGGGAAAGGAGGUUAUGGCGGCAAGUUAUUGGGGAAUUUCAAGGCCUAAGAUCACCAGAGAGGAUGGCACCGACUGGCCUUGGAAUUGUUUCAUGCCAUGGGAAACUUACAGCGCAGAGCUGUCAAUUGACUUGAAAAAGCGUCAUGUCCCAAAGAACUUCGUUGAUAAAUUCGCUUUCAGGAUUGUCAAACUCCUUCGCCUUCCUACAGAUAUCUUCUUCCAGAGACGAUACGGCUCUCGAGCUAUGAUGCUGGAAACAGUAGCGGCCGUCCCUGGCAUGGUUGGAGGGAUGCUUCUGCAUUUGAAAUCUCUCCGUAAGUUCCAACAAAGUGGUGGUUGGAUCAAAGCGUUGCUUGAAGAAGCAGAGAACGAGAGGAUGCAUUUAAUGACAAUGGUGGAGCUUGUGAAACCCAAGUGGUAUGAAAGGCUCCUUGUUCUAACUGUGCAGGGAGUCUUCUUCAAUGCUUUCUUUGUUCUGUAUAUGCUUUCGCCCAAAUUGGCACAUAGAAUUGUUGGGUAUUUGGAGGAGGAAGCCAUUCACUCGUAUACAGAGUACUUGAAGGACAUUGAAAGUGGUGCAAUAGAAAAUGUUGCAGCCCCUGCCAUUGCAAUAGAUUAUUGGAGAUUGCCUAAAGAUGCUAGGUUGAAGGAGGUUAUAACUGUAAUUCGUGCUGAUGAAGCUCACCAUAGGGACGUAAACCAUUUCGCUUCUGAUAUUCAUUUUGCGGGAAAGGAAUUGAAAGACGCGCCUGCUCCUCUUGGUUAUCAUUAAGACUUCAUGUUGUGGAUCGUGAAGAUUCUUUAAAAGGUUCGUGCUUGAUGCAAACUUGAAUUAUAUUUAUCUAUGUUUUUGUAUAAUUUGAGGACCACGAUGAAUUGUAUUAACGAUAAUAAUUGCAGAGUAUGGCUUACACUGUUGGCAUUUUCUCAGCUACCAUAUAUCUUUCGUCUCUUUGGUUUCAUAAGUUGCAAAACCGAGAAAAUGGUUGAAAAAUGUAAGUUCUGACUGAGCCCGGGUUCGAACCGGGGACCUCUAGUGUGUGAGACUAGCGUGAUAACCAACUACACCACCCAGACCCAUUCAAUUAGCUGAUGUUACUGUCACCGGAUACCUAUGUAUUAUUUUAGCAAUAUCGUACCGCCAUGUGCGUAAUUGGCAGCAUUGUCUUGAUCUGGUAUAAUCCUCCAGCCAACUUUUGUACCCUUUGUGAUUGUCUAUCCGCAAAGAUCGCCUUUGGCUUCGGUAGAUUGUCUGCUUUAUUUUGGGUAGGCACAUAUGAUGGCCAGUUGCUCCUAUGUGGGGAACCCUUACUAAAACGAAAACAAAGGAAAAGAAAGCAAACAAUUGUGAUUAGUUACACCUGUCAGCUGUAGAUAUUAACUUGUAUUGGAUUAGCACUAACAGGGAUAAGAAGCAAGGAGAAAUGGGUUCUUCUUCAGUGAAAGCAUUAGGCCUUGCUGUAACUUGGUGUAGCAAUCAAGUGACUUCCUCUUCUCUUUCCCUGCAUGUUUUGUCUUUACCUUUUCUACUUUCCAGGCCAUACAUGGACUGCAAAAACCUCUUAACCUCAGUCUGGAUAUAUGAAAUAUAUUAUGGCUAGAGAGUAUUAUGAGAAUGAAGUGAAAUACCCGAUGAAACCUAGCAUGUUCUAUCUCCCCUUGUCAUCAUUGAACUCGAAGGGCUGUGGUGCGUACCUAAGUAGAUGGAUGCGAAAUUUUUUUUGAGAGUAGAGUUUAGACCCUUACCUCUUGGUACAAGUAGAGCAUGGAGCCUGCCAAUACAUACAAUCAAAAUACCACUCAUAUGCCUAUUACGUACUAGUAGUAGCUUCCACGCACACCGGCUUACAACCCACCCAACCAAUGUAUUGAUCACAGCAGAAUUCACAAUUUUCUAUUAUUUAUUGUAGUGCCAUUAACAGUUUACGGUACAGGAACAUAGAAUGAAAGGAAGGAGCAUGAUUCUAAGAUUGAUCCCAUCA